AUGAGGAGGAGGAGGAGGAGGAGGAGGGUGGAGGUGAUGGAAAAGUGGAUUAGAAUGGGGAUCCAGAAACGACCGUCAGGUGAGAAUAAAAAGGAGAGGAAGGGGCCCAUGGUGGGGCUAGGCAAAGGAAGGGGAGUAAGGGAAACGACAAAAGCGAGGGCGCAAUGCAAUGUGUAA